CAGUGUCAGUUCCUGUAGAACCUGAAGAUUUUUACAUCGACCCCAAUAUCAAACCACCUGAGAUCGAUCGGAAGGAGAAGCCUGGGAAAAAAUCAUCCGGCCCCAGAAAGUCAGCCCCCCCGCCAGCCAGACCCCCUCCUCUAACUACUCCUCAUGAAGAAGAUGAUGUGUAUCUGGAUCCAAAUGAAGGACAGGGUGAAGGAGACGAUCUAUACCUAGAACCAGCAGCAGCGUCGACCCCACCCCCGCGAGAACCAGCAGCGUGGAAACCCACCAAUAAAGCAGCUGUGCCUCCACCCAGCAGGCGAGAACUUCCACCCACUCUGACUAAGCCUCCCAUUCCCAGAUCUGGUACUCUUCCCUCCAGUGACAUCAGAGCAGUCCCCCCUCCUGAAUUAAGAAGAUCCACCUUUCCAUCCAAAAUGCCCCCACCCACCCCAGUCCACAAACCUACCCUGCCCAGUGGAUUCAAGGAGCCUAAACCCUGUCCUCCUCCACCCCCCACCCAAUCUCCAGCCCCCCAUCCAAGUGCACAAGCUGUAUCAGCAACGGAAAGUGAGGAGAGCAGUCUGGAAGGGAGGGAAUGGUUUGCUGGAAACUGUGAUCGUAAGACCGCUGAAGACCUACUACUGAGGAUCAGCAAGGAUGGGGCAUUCUUGGUGCGGCGGAGCUCUGCCCAGAACUUCCGUCAGCCGUACACCCUGGUGGUGCUGUACAGGCAGAAGGUGUACAACAUCCCCGUGCGCUUCAUAGAGGAGACCAAUGGCUACGCGCUGGGCAAAGAGGGCAAGAAGAACGAUGAGGUUUUUUCAGGCCUGCAGGAGAUCAUCUCUCACCACAAGAAUAACCCCCUUCUGCUGAUCGACAGACAGAGUCAGGCCAAGCACACUACCUACCUCACACAGGCAGCCCGAUAAUGACACACACACACACACACACACAUACAAAUUAACGUAUAUAAGGCGUGAACGCACACACACAGACUCACACAUGCAUAAACACACAUACACACACGCGCGCACACACACACACACACACAGACUCACACAUGCAUACAUGCAUACACACACACACACACACACACGCACACACACACACACACUUGACAUAGAGAUAUUCACACUAUGUAUUCCAUUCAUUUCCAAUAAACUGUAUUUGUAGUGAAUUAGUAAGUUGAGUUGAGUCUUACAUAUUAUCCGAUGCAUUUCUCACGUUCUGCUUUAUGGGGAUGUUUUGAAUAAAUGCAGUGAGAGUGGA